AUGAGGUCAAUCCAAAGAUCAUCAAGUUCCAGACUUGUCUUAGGCUUAGCAGCUUCUUCUUCUCCAAACCCAUCACAGCCUACACCUACUCCAAAUCCAUCACAGCCUACCCCUUAUCCUGAUCUUUCAAUGAGGUUUUCUCUAGUAUCCCAUAGAUCUUCAAAUCUCUCUCCAGAACUCAGGAUUCAGUAUGAGCAAGUGUUCUUCAAAGAUAUCCCUCAGAACCUUCAUUUCCGUCCACUUUCACACCUCACUGAUGAAACCAAACAAGGAGUUAUGCUAGGGUGGGAUUUAUCUUUCCUUACGUUUGUUAGAAAACUUCAAAACUCUGCUGAUCCAUCAAUCUUUCUUGCUGAGUUAAAAACUUACACCGAUCAGUUGUCUGAAUUUAAAAAUAUGGGAUAUACAGUUUCUAAACUCAGAGAAAGGUUGAUUGUAUUGGAAACAAGAGCUUCCCGAGAUAAAUUACUUAAAGAUGCAAUUCAUGAAUUAGAAAAAGAAGAAAAAGAGAAAGUAAGAAAAGCUGAAUGUCUAGAAAGUAGUAUAAAGGAGUUAGAAGAACAGGUUAGGAGAGCCAGGAACUCAUUAGCAUUGCAAAAAUCGUACAUUGAGGAGACUAAUAUGAAGAAGAUGAGGUUUAUAGAAGAUGCAGCCAAGAACCAGAAGGAGUUCAAGAAAUCUGCUCAUGCACCCUUGUAA